CUAUUAACACUCGCAAAAUCAGGGAAGGGAGGGAUUAGUUGGACAGUCACCGACAUCUAUUGUUCCAAAAAAGACCAUUCCAAGUUUGCAUUAAUUAACGUACCUCGAUGUCAAUGUUUCACGAUCUCAGCCUAGGAAGCAGGACAUUCCACCUGCAGAAAUCCAUGUUAAGUCUUACCUCUAGUGGCUCUGUGGAACUAAGACUUCCAUCGGAGUGUCCGGAGUUACAAAAUCCCAAAAGGAUCGAGCAAUUACUCCUGUCAAGAGACAUAUGGGUUACCCAAGCACCUGAGCUCAGUCUAUAUAUUCGCAUCAGCCUACCGCUGGACCCUUCUUACCAUUCUUCGAAAUUCUCAUCACAGGUUGGGGAUAACUUAUGCAAUGCGAGGCUUUGGUCGGAUCUCGGCCUCGUGGCACUGUUUAGGAGUUGCGAGCAUCAUCCUAAUACAGAAAGCCAUACAACUUUCCAAAUAUGCAUUGGUCUGCGGAGCAGAGUUGGGCCAUCGAGAAUUAAUGCGAAAACCGGGAGAUUACCACUUUCGACCCAGACUCUCCAUGAAGCAGGCCUCCCGGCUAGUAUCAAAACCGCUAUUUUGUCUUCAGUCAACCUCUCACUUGAGUAUACUCAUUGUCCCGUGAAUAUGGGGAAUAUGUCUCACUAUUCAGGGACAGAUCUCACCACCGUUGAGCUGCCAAUGCAAAGGUCAGCAACGAAUACGCUUCAUGUUGGGAGCGAUAAUGACCUCAUUGACGCCAUGACCUCGGAGACAGAACACUCGCCAAGGACAGGGAGCUCUGAAGUCGUGGACAUAAAUGAGCGCUCAGACUUUGAGUGGGAUCUGCAGUUCUUGGAUGAAGAAUGCCCCAUCGUCUCUCUUCCUAGUUUCAACAGCAAUGGCCUCUUGCAAUGGAAACAUAGCGCUUCCCCACCUAUAAAAGAUCUUCACAGACUAUUUAGCAAUGCCCUUCGAGACGUUAUAGUCUCUGAUUUACCGAGACCUGAUAUCGGAAUCAAGAAAACUAGCAUUGGGCCGUUGAGGUCUCUCUCCGAAAUAGCCCCCGCUGUGUUUAGCCUUGGAUACCGCGAUGCAAUAAACCAACGUUCAAGAUUCAUACCAUCGAUAGCCAAAUCAUUGGCUUGUAUUCUCGAGAAGACAGAAAAUCCAGUCUUGCAGGCAAAAAUAUCCACUCUCAAACAAUUCCAUUUACAAAAUCCUCAAAAACCGAGCUUACUUACUAAUCAUAAUACCAAUGCAAUUCCACAGACGCAGGACGCCAAAGCUAUCAUCAAAACCUGUCUUUGGAAAAUCAGCCAAAGGGAUCUUUACAAACCCGGAGCUUCUCGAAAACUCCCUCCUUUAGAAGAGACCUCAGGUUUACCACUUGAUGAGAAAUCCUCGACACUGGAUGCGUUGCUCGAAACUUCUUCUUUCGGAGAAGGGAUGUAUAUGGAUACAGAUAAUAACGAUUAUUAUAUCUCGGACGAUUUCCUCGUGGACGACGACGACAACGAUGAUGACGCUGACAGCGAUGAUAACAAAAAGGAGAGAGAGGACUUUGAUCUUUUUGUUAAUGGAGGAGACGAAUGCUUUUUAACCUCUGCCAUGAUGGAGGAAUGCACCGAUUCACCACUUGUGAUGUCGAGCAGUACUCAUACCCUCGAAGAUUACGAUCCGGAUCUGGAUCUUUCUUGGGACAAUCAAAAAUAUCAGGAAGAAUGGACACAUCUUGGUUCAAAGAACGACAAUGAUGGUGUCUUCCAUUCCGAACUCGACGUUGAAUCUUCUCAUUUGUGUCAGCGGGGAACUGGUAAUGGCCCUUGUGGUUAUGGCUAUAUCUCCUCCGCUCCGAUCUUAAUCACCGAUGGAGAAAUACUCACGUCUGAUCCUCCUGAAACGAAUCUUGCCAUGGCAAGUCCCCUGCUUCUUGGUAUGGGGACCUCAUUAGCUGGCAUGGAGGAAGAAAGCUACAGCCAGGGUAAUCUGGACGAUGACAUGCUUUGUGACGACAUAUAGAACUUACAUUGUUGUACACCAUGAGAUUCUGGUGUUUCUUAUCUGUAGAAGGAGGACCUGUUAAUUUCCUUUCCUAGUUAGUUUUACUGUUUUUAGCAUGGCAUCCCCCGUAUGGUGUACUGUAUGCCACCGCCUUGUCGGUGUCCAAGGCCCAUAGGGUUUAUAUCCGUCUGGUCAACAAGGAAGGUAAAAUUGAGAAAUGGUGAUCCUCUUGAUUUGGUGAGCGUCCGGUCAGCUGAUGCUGAAAGUGAUCUUGCUCCCUUACCAAGAUCCUGGGAUAGUGAUAUAUGAAAUAGAUUGAGGGAGCCUGUCUGAUUCAUCUGCUUUCCUAGAAGCAGUGGCACUGCUGUUGAAAAGUAAGAUUCUAU